CAAUUUUGUUGAAAAAAUAAAAUAAAAUACAACUAAAUGAAACCACAGGCUCUCAUCUUCUUCCUCUGCCACCAUUUAUUUCUAUCUGAUCGCAAAAUCCAGAAACAAAAAAUUUCACUUCACAAUUUCAUAUCGGCUCUGAAUUCUCGAAUUUAUCCUUAUUAUUUUUUUAAAUCUGAAAAUUUUGCUGCCUUUUAUACCAAACCUUGCAGUCCGUACAAUGGAAAACGAAACAAAAUGGUCUUAGUUUCAAGUUUUUUUUCCCUAAAUGUUUUUUCUAGGAAACAGAAAAAAUGGAUUGAUUUCUUUUCUGGGUCGUUAAAUUGAGAAAAUAUGGAUAUGGAAGUUGCGCACUUGGUUACCUCUCCGUAUUCUUAGGGCUUAUCGGGUUCUGGGGAUUCAAUACAACUGCCACCUUAUCUUCAACGGAUCUCACUGUCUGGUUCAUUUCACUCACUGUAAAUUCUCUUCUGUUAUUUGGGGUUUCAUUUAUUUGCAGUUCAUUUUGAUUUGCGGCUUCGUCUAUGGUUGAUUUUGUAUUUAUUUGUUCUGCUGGUCAUCAUUUUUGUGAAUCGGUGUAAACGUUUUGUUGAAAUCUGAAAAGCAAGUGGGAGAGAUAAGGAAGUGGGGGAUUUUGAGAUUUCUCUUCUUGAGAGUAGUAAUGGUGUCUGCAAAUGACCCAAUUGAAUCGAUUUUCAAUUCGAUUCAAGUAGUUAAGGAAGCUCUUUCUCCGCUUGAACAUGGGUUGAAGAAAGCGGCAAAGGAUCUUGAAAAUCGAUGGGGAGUCAAUAGAAACAGGGGACAUAAUCUUGAAUUAGUUGCAGAGUUUAAUGGUGGUGACAGGAACGGUAAGGUGCAGAUAUGCGGGGUAAAGAAGAAGGGCAGUACUGGUGCGCAGUGUAUGGUUGGUGAAGAGAGAAAAAGAGGUUUGUCCAUUAAGGUUCCGUUCAAGACGUUGUUAGGAGUUUUUUCGCAGAAUAUCGGAAAUGAGCAUGGUAAGGUUGAGGGGAUUAGGAAAGAGUCAAAAGUGAAGGAUGCAAAUAAAGAUGAUAAUGGGUCUUGUGUUAAUUGUUUGCAGUUUGCGAUGACUUGGUCUUUGUUGGUUAAUGGUUUUGUUCAAGCUUUUCCAAGCCCUUUUAGAACUGGGAAGAAGCGGAUUCAAAAAAAGGGAGUUGAUGAUAAAGAGUACGUGCAUUUGUCUGGACAUGGAUCAAAAUCAAAAGCUUCUUCUGAAGUUAAACAGAGGGAAACAAGAGGUCAGUUUUUUAAUUUUUCGAAGAACGAAGGAGUAGAAGAUAAGGAACUGAAGCUGAUGCCGUUCGAAUGCUUUAUAGGUUUUAUUUUUGAUCAUUUGUCUCAAAAUCUUCAGAGAUUUGACUGGUCUAUGCCUCAAAGUGAUUUCAAUGAUAGUCCUUGCUCGUCCUCAUCCCCGCCUUCGACUCGGUUUGGUCAUCUGAAGGUUGUAACCAGCAUCUGGGAAGGUCGAAAAGCAGAUGUAAAUGUGUUCUUGGGGAAUUUGAAGUUUGCAAGAGUGGGAGGAAUACCUUCAGGUAUAGUUGGAGUAACUUCUGUAGAUGAACCAAAUGAUGAUGGUGUUAGUACUGGAACUAAGGAAGAAACUGGGGUUACUUCUCCGCAGAAGCUAGCAACUGGGAUACUUAGUAUUCCUCUGUCAAAUGUGGAGCGGCUGAGAUCCACAUUAUCUACUGUUUCUUUGACGGAACUAAUUGAGCUGUUGCCGCAGCUUGGACGAUCUUCUAAAGAUCAUCCUGACAAGAAGAAACUAAUUUCUGUUCAGGAUUUCUUUAGAUACACAGAAACUGAAGGUAGGAGAUUCUUUGAAGAACUAGAUAGAGAUGGUGAUGGCCAAGUGAAUUUGGAGGAUCUUGAAAUUGCAAUGAGAAAAAGAAAAUUGCCACGGAGAUAUGCUAGAGAAUUUAUGCACCGCACAAGGAGUCACUUAUUUUCAAAAUCAUUUGGUUGGAAACAGUUUUUAUCCUUGAUGGAGCAGAAGGAGCCAACAAUUCUCCGUGCCUAUACGACUUUAUGUUUAAGCAAGUCUGGGACACUGCAAAAGAGUGAGAUACUGGCAUCACUCAAGAAUGCUGGGCUUCCUGCCAAUGAAGACAAUGCUGUUGCUAUGAUGCGGUUUCUAAAUGCAGAUACUGAAGAAUCUAUUUCAUAUGGACAUUUCCGGAAUUUUAUGCUCCUGCUGCCUUCUGAGAUACUACAAGAUGAUCCUCGGAAUAUCUGGUUUGAAGCUGCGACUGUUGUUGCUGUUGCACCACCUGUGGAAAUACCUGCUGGAAGUGUUCUGAAAUCAGCAUUAGCAGGAGGGCUUGCCAGUGGCCUGUCCACUUCUUUACUGCACCCGAUUGAUACAAUUAAGACACGGGUUCAAGCGUCAUCAACAUCAACAUUUCCUGAGAUAAUUUCAAAGCUUCCUCAAAUUGGAGUUCGAGGAUUAUACAGGGGAUCAAUUCCAGCAAUUCUUGGACAGUUUUCAAGCCAUGGUCUGCGAACAGGAAUAUUUGAGGCAAGUAAACUUGUGUUGAUAAAUGUUGCUCCAACACUCCCGGAAAUCCAGGUUCAAUCUUUAGCAUCAUUAUGCAGCACAUUUUUGGGGACAGCAGUACGGAUUCCAUGUGAGGUACUCAAGCAGAGGUUGCAGGCUGGUAUUUUUGACAAUGUUCAGGAGGCUAUUGUUGGCACCUGGCAUCAAGAUGGCUUAAAGGGUUUCUUCCGUGGGACUGGAGCGACGCUUUGCCGUGAGGUUCCAUUUUAUGUUGCUGGCAUGGGGCUCUAUGCCGAAUCUAAGAAGGUUGCCCAGAAACUUCUAGGUCGGGAACUGGAGCCGUGGGAAACAAUUGUGGUUGGAGCUUUGUCUGGAGGGCUAGCAGCUGUUAUAACCACACCUUUUGAUGUUAUGAAAACUAGGAUGAUGACUGCUCCACAGGGCCGACCUGUAUCAAUGUCGAUGGUAGCUUUCUCCAUACUUCGCCAUGAGGGACCUCUUGGCUUAUUCAAGGGAGCAGUGCCAAGGUUUUUCUGGAUUGCUCCGCUAGGUGCGAUGAACUUUGCAGGGUAUGAGCUUGCAAGGAAAGCUAUGGUUAAAAACGAGGAUCUUCUUGGGGACCAGUUGUCCCAGAGAAAACUGGUUAGUUCUAGAUAGAAAAAAAGAUGUUGCCUUCAACUACAGCCUUCGAGCUAUGCUGUUUUUUGGUGAUGGCAACAAAAUUCUGCUGGUGCUUUUUUCUGAAACUCAAAGCUGCAUGAAGUUCAAGAUUUUAUCUGUCGACAAAUCUACCUUGAUUAAAGACAUUUACAAUUUCUUCCUCGUUUUCUUUUCCUCAAAAUUUUCCUUUCUCUAUACUGUCUUUUCUUCCGGGAAUGGUUUGUUCAAAUAUCUUAAUUGGCUUAAUUUUUGUAUUUUACAAAUUGAUUUCCAUUUGUGUACAUUUGUACAGUCAUCUUUAGGGCAAGAGAGAAACAAACAAAUCAGUGGCCUUGUCCAGUGUCAUGAAGACUUCGAGUCCAAGAGAAAUUGCAGUAAAAAUUUUUUUUUGGAGAGA